CUCUUGCACUUCUCGCUCUUCCUGGGCAUCUAUCUGUCUGCCCUCCUGGCCAACGGCCUCAUCGUCACAGCAGUAGCCUGUGACCACCGCCUCCACACCCCCAUGUACUUCUUCCUCCUUAACCUCUCCCUCCUUGACGUUGGCUCCAUCUCCACGACUGUCCCUAAAUCCAUGACCAAUUCUCUUUGGGACAGCAGGGCCAUUUCCUACUUGGGAUGUGCCGCCCAGAUAUUUUUGUUUGUCUUUUUUGCUUCAGCUGAGUAUUUUCUCCUCACAGUCAUGGCCUAUGACCGCUAUGUUGCCAUCUGCAAGCCCCUCUAUUAUGGGACCCUCCUGGACAACAGAGUUUGUGUUAAAAUGGCAGCAGCUGCCUGGAGCAGUGGAUUUCUCACUGCUCUCCUGUACGUUGCGAAUGCACUUUCCCUAUCAUUCUGCCAAGGCAAUGAGGUGGAACAGUUCUUCUGUGAGAUCCCCCAGAUCCUCAAGCUCUCCUGUUCAGACUCCUGCCUCAUGGAAGUUGGAGUUAUUGCAGUUAGCACAAGUUUAGCUUUUGGAUGUUUCAUUUUCAUUGUGGUGUCCUACGUGCAGAUCUUCAGAGCUGUGCUGAGGAUCCCUUCUGAACACGGGCAGCACAAAGCCUUUUCCAUGUGCCUCCCGCACCUGGCUGUGGUCUCUCUGUUUCUUGGCACACUCAUGUUUGCUUACCUGAAGUCCCCUUCCGUGUCCUCCCCAGCUCUGGAUCUGGUGGUGGCCGUUUUGUACUCGGUGGUUCCUCCAACAGUGAACCCCCUCAUCUACAGCAUGAGGAACAAGGAGCUCAGUACCGCCCUGAAACGGUUGAUUCAAUUG